GCAUUCCCCGUAAUUCACCAACUCAAAGUCUAAUUUUAUAUCAGUCUACUCUUCUCCCAUUUCUCCCCUAAAUACAGCUUCUCUCAAAAAUAUGAUCUCAGAAGCUACUGAUCACCAAAUUCUGAAUUGCCCUCCAAUGCCAUUGCCAUCGCCACCAAUGGUCCGGAGAUAUAAAUCCACAGCUGAAGUUGCGUCCAACUGUCCUCGCUGUGCCUCGUCAAACACCAAGUUUUGUUACUACAACAACUACAGCUUGUCGCAGCCGCGCUACUUCUGCAAAGGCUGUAGACGAUACUGGACCAAAGGGGGUUCGCUCAGAAAUGUGCCCGUGGGUGGCGGCUGUCGCAAGAAUCGUAGACUCAAGUCCGCUUCCAGGCUCAAUGAACGUGUUUCUGUGAAUUACAGUAAGCGUUUCAGUGGCUUUGACGAUAACGUAAGUAAGCAAACCAAGGGUUGUUCCUCUGAUGGGAACUCGGUGGAUAUUGACAUGGCUGUCGUUUUCGCCAAGUUUCUGAAUGAGAGCUCGAGCAAUUCUGAUAAUCCUGAAGAGUUUGUUUCUCAGGAAUUGGAUAGUGUCCACAAGGAUGCGAUGAUGGAAUGCCAGAAACCGAGGGAUGACCAGAUUCUUGAAGAUUUCAAUCAAAUUCUUGUGGGGGAAAUGAGUAACGUGAAUAAUGCUGCAUCCGAAUUGCAAACUUCGUUGGAUGAUGAAGUUGUUGUUCCGGAUUCAUGGUGGGCGGACCAUGCGGCUGCAACUCUGCCUAAUUUUUCACGGCAAGAGUUGGAUUCAUUUGCAGCCAAUGACGUUGACAAUCAGUUAAUGGCUUCUGCAAAUCUAAUGAACGAUAAUUGGAGCAAUUCCUUCGAUUUCUCAGCCGGAUAUGAAGUCUACUCAAGACCUUAAUUAUUCAUAUGCAAUUUACAAUAAGUUUUUUAAAAUUCUUGAUAAGUUCCUUCUAUAAUCUAGUUGAACUGCUUGUUGUUGAAGAAAGCUUAAUUUUAGUUUUGCAUGCCAUUAGAAAGGUUCGUGGUAUGAAUAUUAUAUUAUACUAGAAAUAUGAUAAAUCCGCUAUCCAAGCCUGUGUUAGAAUUUAGCAAUAAUUAUGUUAAUGGUAAUUAAGGAUAAUGUAUUCUUAUAAUAAGGCCCAUGUACAUUAUGUAAUCCUGUUUCACUUUGAUA